AUGUGCGACCGGAGUCUGUGCCGGCCCGGUUACGCGGGCUCCCUCCUGAACCUGCCCUCGGCCGCGGCGGCGGACUCCUUUUACUUCCCCGCUCUGCGGGCGAGCAGAAGCCCUCCGCUGGCGGCCUCGCUGCCCGGCCUCUCCUACCCGCGCAGCUCCCUCGCGUGGACGUGCGCCACGUCGUGCCCGGCCCAGCCGGCGGCCAGCCACGCGUUCAGCGGCUCCGCGCAGCCUGCGCCUUACCUCGCCGCCGCGGGCUCCCUGCCUAGCAGCAGCGGCCGCAAGGAGGUCUUCGACGGCUACCCCAAGCACGAGGCCCACGCAGCCGCGCCCAGGCCGGACGACGGAGGCAGACGGCAGCACGGCGGCAAGGAAGCCGCCUCGCCCCACGGCGCCGGCGGCGCGGCGAGUGCGCCGGCGGGGCUGGCGAGCCCGGGCAGAGCGCUCAAGCACGAGGCGCGGAGGCGCUGGCCCGGCUUGCUGCUGGGCGCGGAGGCCCGCUGCGCGCCGGCCUUCCAGGAGGACCUGAGGCUCGCCGUCGACUUGAACCCGGCCCUGCCGCCGGCAGCCGCCCAGCCCGGCCUCAGAGCUUCCCUGCACGACGGUUUGCCCUGGCGCCCCACGCAGGCGAGGUCGAGGAAGAAGCGGAAACCUUACACCAAGCAACAGAUCGCCGACCUGGAAAGCGAAUUUCUUCUCAGUGAGUUUAUUAACCGACAGAAGAGGAAGGAAUUGUCCCACAGACUGAAUCUGAGCGACCAGCAAGUGAAGAUCUGGUUCCAGAACCGGCGGAUGAAAAAGAAACGCGCGGCGACGCGCGAGCAGGCGCUGUCGCUCUACUGA